AUGACGUCUCUGUGCAGACACACAGACAUCUCCAAGCACUACCCCUCCCUCUCCAAGCACUACCCAGACCCCUCCUCCAAGCACUACCCAGACCCCUCCUCCAAGCACUACCCAGACCCCUCCAAGCACUACCCAGACCCCACCUCCAAGCACUACCCAGACCCCACCUCUCCCAUACCCCCUCCAAGCACUACCCAGACCCCCCCUCCAAGCACUACCCAGACCCCCCCGCAACACUACACAGACCCCUCCCCCUCCAAGCACUACACAGACCCCUCCCCCUCCAAGCACUACACAGACCACUCCCCCUCCAAGCACUACCCAGACCCCUCCUCCAAGCACUACCCCUCCUCCUCCUCCACCAAGCACUACCCAGACCCCUCCUCCAAGCACUACCCAGAACCCUCCUCCAAGCACUACCCAGACCCCUCCCCCUCCAAGCACUACACAGAUCCCUCCUCCAAGCACUACACAGACCCCUCCUCCAAGCACUACCCAGACCCCUCCCCCUCCAAGCACUACACAGACCCCUCCCCCUCCAAGCACUACACAGACCCCUCCCCCUCCAAGCACUACACAGACCCCUCCCCCUCCAAGCACUACACAGACCACUCCCCCUCCAAGCACUACCCAGACCCCUCCUCCAAGCACUACCCCUCCUCCUCCACCAAGCACUAUCCAGACCCCUCCUCCAAGAACUACCCAGACCCCUCCUCCAAGCACUACCCCGCCCCCUCCCCCUCCAAGCACUACACAGACCCUCCUCCAAGCACUACACAGACCCCUCCCCCUCCAAGCACUACACAGACCCCUCCCCCUCCAAGCACUACACAGACCCUCCCCCUCCAAGCACUACACAGACCACUCCCCAGCACUACACAGACCCCUCCUCCUCCAAGCACUACACAGACCCCCUCCAAGCACUACCUAGACCCCUCCUCCAAGCACUACCCCUCCUCCUCCUCCACCAAGCACUACACAGACCCCUCCCCCAGGCACUACACAGACCCCUCCCCCUCCUCCAGGCACUACCCAGACCCCUCCUCCAAGCACUACCCAGACCCCUCCCCCUCCAAGCACUACACAGACCCCUCCUCCAAGCACUACACAGACCCCUCCUCCAAGCACUACCCAGACCCCUCCCCCUCCAAGCACUACACAGACCCCUCCCCCUCCAAGCACUACACAGACCCCUCCCCCUCCAAGGACUACACAGACCCCCCCUCCAAGCACUACACAGACCACUCCCCCUCCAAGCACUACACAGACCCCUCCCCCAGGCACUACACAGACCCCUCCCCCUCCUCCAAGCACUACACAGACCCCUCCCCCACUCCCAGACCCCCCCCCCAAGCACUACCCAGACCCCCCUCCAAGCACUACCUAGACCCCUCCUCCAAAUCUCGAGACCAGUUUACCCUUACCACCAGAGGCAAGUCUUUCAAAGAAUGA